AUGCUGGGUGUUUGUGCAAACGGAUUGCUUAUUUACAAGGACAGACUUAGAAUUAAUCGUUUUGCUUGGCCCAAGAUUCUUAAGAUUUCCUACAAACGCAACAGUUUUUACAUUAAAGUGAGACCUGGCGAGGUAAGCAACACAAAUACUUUUAAUAUGCACCACUGUAACAGAAUUUAUAAGUACAGUUGUGUUCAAAAUAAUAGUCAUAUAUCACUAACCUGA